AUGUUGUUUCUCAUCGUGCUCGUAGCCACCGUAGCCGCGCAAGGCCCGCGGGUUCAGCAACAGAAUCAGAUGCGGCCGAUUCAAUGUUAUUCAUGUUUGUCGGGCACAUUGUCCGACCAGUCGAGAGCCAUGUUCGAGCAGAACGGGCAUGGGUCGAAUGUGCCGGUGGAUGUGUGUGACGAUCCCUUCUCGACGGUUGGGAAGCAGAUGCAGCCUUGUAUGACGAGUUGUGUCAAGAGUGUGUCCGAGAAUCAGUGUAAGUAGUACUUAACAUAAGGUGUCAAAAAUUUAUUGUACUGUUACUUUUAUAUCAUUGUAAGGGGGUGGUUACAAAAAGGCCGGCAGUACAAAAAAGAAGCAGAAAGAGUACCUAAGAUACCGUAGUCUGUUUUAUGACUAUGUAUUUCCAAUAAAAUUUUAUACUUUUCAGUUACCCGAGUUGUCAUCAGGGGCUGCUUAACUGAUGUAGCUCAACAGCUAACUGGCAGAAGCCCAAACCUUCGUAUCGUAAGUUUUACAGUAAUAAUUUUAUAGCAAAAAUUUUAAAAAAUCUUAUACAUAGUAUAUCACAUUGACCAAAAACUUUAAAAGAUAUUGUAAAAUUAGCUCUACCCCCAAAAAAUUUUAAAAUCGUUUAAGGCUCCACCCCUACACCUGGCUUCCGGGCUGGGCCUAGAGAACUCGGAGAGCGUCAAAAUUGUUCAAUUUAGUCUAUUCAAAUAUAAAAUUUAAAAAAUUUCAGCCAGCCCCAGGCCAAUGUAUUGAAGAGAACCUGGAGAACGUCAACUUGGGCAUGGUGAAGACGCGAACCUGCUUGUGCGACGGUAAUGGCUGUAACGACGCGGUCGGAUUGAAGGUCUCCGCCUUUGCCUUGGCUUUCCUUUUGUUCGUCCUGGCCAUCGUUUAUUAA